AUGAAGACAACCUCAGCGAAUACGAAGAAGCGAUCCAGCUUAGUGAAGACGAGCUCAGUGAAGUGUCCAAAGUCCGAGGAUUCACAACACUUUAGUGUUACACUCCACCAUGGGGGUGAAUUUUACAGGGUUUUUGAAGAAGAAAUUAUAUACAGAGGGGGAAAGAUGAUGAUUGCAAAAGCAUGGAGGGCUAAGCUAAUUGCCAAGAAGAUAAUUGAAGGUGAUGCUGACAAUCAGUAUGCUUCCAUAUGGAGGUAUGCAGAAGAACUAAGAAGGGUAAACCAUGGCAACACUGUGAAGAUAAAUGUAGAAAGACCUAGUCCAUCCAUACAACCAAGGUUUGGGUCAUUUUAUUUCUGUUUUGAUGGCUGUAAGAAAGGCUUUAUUCAUGGAUGCAGACCAUUUGUGGGGGUUGAUGGAUGUCACUUAAAGACCAAGUAUGGUGGACAGUUACUUAUUGCUGUAGGCAGGGAUGCUAAUGAUCAAUACUUCCCUUUGGCAUUUGGUGUGGUUGAAAAUGAAACAAAGGAGAGUUGGAGAUGGUUUAUACAACUACUAAUGGAGGACAUUGGACUUGUGGCUGUAUUUGAAGAAUUGUCUGAUACUAUUGAGCAUAGAUUAUGUCUUAGGCACUUGUAUGCUAAUUUCAAGAAAAGGUUUGGUGGAGGAGCCCUUAUUAGAGAUUUAAUGAUGGGAGCUGCUAAAGCCACAUACUAUCAGGCAUGGGUCCAAAAGAUGAAUGAAUUGAAGAAUGCAGAUCCCAAUGCUUGGACUUGGUUGAUGGCUGUUCCUACCAAAAGCUGGUGUAAGCAUGCCUUUUCUUUUUACCCUAAAUGUGAUACAUUGAUGAAUAAUAUCUCAGAGUCUUUUAAUGCUACCAUUCUAGCUGCUAGGGACAAACCUAUACUCACAAUGUGUGAGUGGAUAAGAAAAUAUCUGAUGAAUAGGUUAUCCACCUCUGCAAGUAAACUAGAAAAUUGGCCACAUAAGGUGAUGCCAAUACCUAGGAGAAGGUUAGAUAAUGAGGUGUUCAGGAGUGGUCAUUGGUUGCCAACAUGGUCAAUUGCUGAGACUUUUCAGGUUACACAUAGUUACAACACACAUGAAUUUAUUGUUGACAUUGCUAAAAGGUUAUGUAGUUGUAAUUUUUGGGAAUUAGUAGGAAUUCCAUGUAGGCAUGCUGUAGCUGCUCUGAGUUAUAGAAAGCAAAACCCUGAUGAAUUUGUUUAUGCUUGUUACACAAGAGAAAAGUUUGCACUAUGUUAUGGAUUUUCAGUAAGUCCAAUCAAUGGUCAAGAUAUGUGGCCAGAAGUUGAGAUGGAACCACCUCUACCACCUGCAUAUAAAAAUGGUCCUGGUAGACCUAAGAAGAUUAGGAUAAGAGAAACAGGAUCUAGUGUGACUGCCUCAAUCACAAAACAAUCCAGAAAAAGGGUUGAAAAAAAACCUAUCAUCAAAAGAAGGCAAAGUGAGAGGAUCAAGUUGAGUUGGUUUAAAAGACCCAUAACAGGUGAAGGAAUAUCUAGUGACAAACCAAUUACCCUACCAGAAAAUGAAGACAUACCCACUUCAAAAUGA